AAAGAAAAGACAGAACAUAUGGAGCGUACAAACGCCAUUCGCAGGAAGCUUGUUAUUAUUGGAGACAGUGCUUGCGGCAAGACAAGCUUGCUAAGCAUGUUCACUCUUGGCAAUUUUCCAGCAGUAAACCUUACCUUUCUGGAUGGACAAGCUGUGGAGUUUGCUUUGUGGGACACAGCUGGUCUGGAAGACUAUGCACGAUUAAGACCACUGGCAUACUCGAACGCAAAUAUCAUUCUAAUCGGUUUCUCUGUCGAAGACCUCUGCUCAUUAAAUAAUGUCAAGUGCAAGUGGAGUAAGGAGGCUACUCGCCUAUGUCCUGGCGUUCCAGUUGUUCUUGUUGGCUUGAAGAAGGACCUUCGGGAAGACCCAACUACGACCAGGAAGAUAGGAGAGAGCUCCCUGCGAUUUGUCACUGAACAUGAGGGCGAGAUAGUUGCUUACGAAAUUGGCGCCAAAAUGUAUUUGGAGUGCUCGAGUUUAAGCGGUGAGGGUGUCGAUACCGUGUUUGAGAUAGCCAGCCGGAUAGCUCUGUUAGCAGUCCGGAAAGUCACGGGAGAAGGCUGCUGUCCUAUCCUGUGA